AUUUUAUGGUUUGUUGGUUGUCUAUGGACAACUUUCACAAUCAGCUGUUGUUGAUAUAGUGUAUGUUUCCUUAACCUUUGUUAAUGACGGUACACUUUCUCGGGUCAACGUUCAAUUGUCGGGUGCAGAAAUGGGUGAUUUAAGAUUCGACGGAAGAGUUGUUGUGGUAACUGGAGCUGGGGCAGGUCUAGGUAGAGCCUAUGCCCUGCUAUUUGCUUCCAGAGGGGCCAAAGUUGUUGUAAAUGAUUUGGGGGGUGGAAGACAUGGAGAUGGAAGUUCAUCGAAAGCAGCUGAUACAGUUGUUGAGGAAAUCAGGAAGAAUGGAGGAACUGCUGUGGCUGAUUACAACUCAGUUGUGGAUGGUGAUAAAGUUAUAAAAACUGCCUUAGAUAAUUUUGGUAGAAUAGAUGUUUUGGUAAACAAUGCUGGAAUUCUUCGUGAUAAAAGUUUUGCAAGGAUUUCUGACCAAGAUUGGGAUUUGGUACAUAAUGUCCAUCUAAAAGGCAGUUUCAAAACAACCCAAGCAGCUUUUCCUAUAUUCAAAAAGCAAGGCUAUGGAAGAGUGGUUAUGACUUCUUCAAACUCUGGGCUGUAUGGAAAUUUCGGACAGGCCAAUUACUCUGCCGCAAAAAUGGGUUUGGUGGGUUUAGCAAGCACAAUUGCAAUUGAAGGUGGUCGUAAUAAUAUUCAUUGCAAUGUGAUUGUUCCAACUGCUGCAAGUAGAUUGACUGAAGACAUUCUACCACCUGAUUUGUAUGCUGAAUUGAAGCCUGAAUUAAUUGCUCCUGUUGUAGCAUAUUUGUGUCAUGAAAGCUGCGAGGAAAACGGUGCAAUAAUAGAGUCAGCCGCCGGAUGGGCCGGAAAAUGCACCAUUGUAAGGGCACCAGGAAACCUUCUAAGAACCAAAAUUACCGACAAUGUAACAAUUGAGAAUGUCCGCGAUUGUUGGGAUAAAAUCACCGACAUUUCUCAAGCAGAGCGUUUGAAUUCCAUUCAGGAAGCCACCGCCGCUCUCGUUUCCAGCUUGGAACGUUUGGGUAAUCCAGAAGAAGCUGCAUCAAAUCAAUUCUCGUACAACAGCAAGGAUGCCAUCAUUUAUGCUCUUGGAGUUGGCGCUUCCACGGCAGUUGCUGAUGAAUUGAAAUACUUGUACGAAAAUCACGAGGAUUUUUCAACUUUGCCAUCAUUCUUUGUACAACCUGCACUUAUGGCAGUUAUGAUGUCACCUACCAGUACUCAGGCAGUGCCCGGCAAGGAAAUCGGCCUUCAAAAUAUUUUACAUGGGGAACAAUACAUUGAAGUUGUAGGUCAGCUGCCUUCUGAAGGAGUCCUCCACUCCAAGGUUUCGCUAGAAGAAGUUUUGGAUAAAGGAUCCGGUGCCGUGAUUGUUAGCAGAAUUGAAACGUUUACGGAAUCCGGUGAGUUGGUUCUGGUGAAUCAAACGGUCACAUUUGCCGUAAGAGCUGGCAACUUUGGCGGUCCAAGAAAUGGCACCAAAAUUAUUCCGUGCCAAACUAAACCCAACAGGAACCCUGACGUGUCCGUAUCGCAGAAAACAUCCGUUGAUCAGGCUGCGAUGUUUAGAUUGUCUGGAGAUACAAAUCCUUUGCAUAUUGAUCCUAAUAUGGCUGCAGUCAGUGGAUAUGACAAACCAAUUCUGCAUGGUUUGUGCACCUUGGGCUUCUCUGUGAGAUUGGUGCUAAGAGCUUUUGCUAAUAAUGAUACAAGUCUAUUCAAAGCUUGUAAAGUCAGGUUUGUUAAGCCUGUUGUGCCUGGACAAACUCUAAGGGUUGAUAUGUGGAGAGAAAACAACAGAAUACACUUUGAAACGGUUGUUGUUGAGACAAACACUCCAGUUAUUACAGGAGCUUACAUAGACCUAAAAGCAGUAAACAUGCAACCCCUUGCUAACAAAUUGUCGGCCUCCAACCUAAAAAGUGAUGCAGUUUUCGAAUUCAUCAUUGACCAAGUGAAACAGGAUCCCAACAAGGCUAAGUCUGUUGGGGGUGUGUUCCUUUACAACAUCACGAAGGAUGGCAAACAAGUCAAGCAAUGGACCAUGGACUUGAAAAAUGCUAAAGUGUAUGGUGGCGCCCCAGAAGGAAAACCGAACACCACUUUGACCAUUUCAGAUGAAGACUUCAUGUUAUUGGCAGAAGGCAAACUAAAUCCCCAAACUGCUUUUAUGAAGGGAAAACUUAAGGUCACUGGCAACAUCAUGUUGGCCCAAAAAUUGGCACCAUUGCUCAAAACUAACGCUCCUAAACUGUAAAUAUUUUAGUAUUUCCUUAAACCUCUAUGGUAUUUUUGUGUUUAUCACUUUUAUUCACAAAUUAUGUUUUCUACGGCAUUUAUAUUUUUAUAUGUUUAAAUAUAGAUGGUGACUUGUUAUUUUUAUACACGGAAAAGGAGUGAUUGUUAGAUGUUUACACAUUUUAUUUCAUGUCUUUGUAAAGCUAUUGAACUGUUUUUAAAUAAAAUUAUAAUUUUA